ACAAUGGAAAGGGCAAAACCCGCCUCGUACCUUGCAAACAAAUACAGCAAAAAUCCCCAAAUCGAUCCAAAAGAUCCCGCAGAAGAAAAAAAAAAGAAGAAAAAAAUAUUCCUCCCAUCCACUCGUCGCGGGAAGAAGAGAGAGGGGCUCUCCCAGCGCUCGGAGCGCGGAAGCAGCGAGCGGCUUCCGGAAGGGCGCACAAAAAAUUCGCGCCCAAUUGGGAGGCACAUGGGCGCGAACGGCCACCCGCCGCCGGCGAGCGCCGCCGCGCAGAACGGGUCCCACUCCAGCGGCGGUGGCGGCGGUGGGGGUGGAGGGGGAGCAAACCCUAGCUCCGGCGGGACGGCGGCGGCGCUCCGGCACGACCCUGGCCUGGCGCGGGAGUGGUCGUCGGAGGAGCAAUCCACCCUCGACGAGCUGCUCGUCAAGUAUGCAUCUGAUGCACCUGUCAUCCGAUACGCAAAGAUAGCCAUGAAGUUGCCAGACAAAACGGUUCGAGAUGUGGCCUUGCGGUGUAGAUGGAUGAAUAAAAAGGAAAGUGGGAAGAGAAAGAAAGAGGACCACAGCUCCUCAAAGAAAAGCAAAGAUAAAAAGGAGAAGGUUUCAGAUUCUUCAUCAAAACCACCUGUUCAUAUAGCUGGAAGGCCUAAUGUUCCUCCAUUCCAACUUCCAGCUCUGCCCAUUGAUGAUGACGAAAUUUCUUCCAAAGCAAUUGGAGGUCCAACAGGAGAACUUCUUGAAACCAACGCUCAGGUUUUGAGUCAAAUUUCAACCAACCUCAGCACUAUGCAGAUACAAGAUAACAUCUCUCUGCUGUGCCAAACUCGAGAUAAUAUACUCAGGGUCUUGAAAGAGAUAAAUGACGCUCCGGAUAUCAUGAAGCAGAUGCCACCGCUACCAGUGAAGAUAAACGAGGAGCUCGUCAACUCAAUGCUCCCCAGGCCAACUGUACCUAUGCAGUAGUGAUAGUCAAUGAACAUAUAAUCCUCUUUAGUCUCAAGAGCCCUUUAGAAUAGACAGCUAAAAUAAAAAUGCCAGCCUUGUUCUGUUUGUUCAUUCUGUAGCUCCUCUGGGCCUCGCUCUAAAUCUUUUCCUUCCCUCCAAUCUUUUCCUUUUCGACGGGUUCCUUCUAGCACUCUAGCAUUCUAGAUUGUUGAUCUUCCAACCGUUCUCCAAAUCGGGCGGUCGGAACAUGUACCAUACCUACAGCAGUGUCGCGUUCAAACCCUGGCAUGUUUUGUAAUCUAUCUAUAGCUGUUUAGUCUAAUAUGAUCGAAUAUUGGAAUGGGAAGCUUUAGAAAUUACUCUUUGCAGUUGUCUUAAA